AUGGGGUCCAGGAAAAUAACACCCGAGGUUCUGCAAGAGAUGCUACAACAUUACAACUUAACGCGACAAGAGUUCAUCGAGUCUUACAACAUUCAGCCGCUUGUCUACGUCCCUGAGCUACCGUUGGGCGCUAAGACUACUUUCGUCAUUAUGUAUGCUAUCAUUUUCGUCCUGGCUCUGGUUGGGAACAGUUUGGUUGUCUACAUAGUGGUGCGUAAAAGAGCAAUACAGACCUCCACUAAUAUCUUCAUCUGUUCUCUGGCGGUGAGCGAUCUUCUUAUCACAUUCUUCUGUAUCCCGUUCACCUUGUUACAGAACAUCUCCUCGGAAUGGCUCGGAGGUGUUCUCAUCUGCAAGACGAUUCCUUUUGUUCAGACUAUGGCCAUAGUGACAGGGAUUCUCACAAUGACCUGCAUCGCAGUGGAGAGGUACCAGGGAAUUGUCUACCCCUUGAAAAUGAGGAGGCAGUACACUCCGAAAAGAGCAUACAAGAUGCUAGGACUUGUAUGGAGUGCAUCAGUGGUUGUGGGAUCCCCAAUGCUGUUCGUACAGCAACUAGAGGUGAAGUAUGACUUCCUGUACGACCACCACCACGUGUGUUGUCAGGAGCGUUGGCGUUCCCUGACUCACAGACAAGUGUACACCACCUUCAUCAUGGUAGCUCUGUUCCUGAUGCCCAUGGCAGCCAUGUUGUUUCUCUACACACGGAUAGGGAUAGAGCUGUGGAUCAGGAAGAGGGUGGGGGACUCCUCUGUCCUGAACACCAUGAACCACAGAGAGGUCAACAAAAUAUCCAGGAAGAAGAAGCGAGCUGUAAAAAUGAUGAUUACCAUCGUUCUGCUGUUCACAAUCUGUUGGGCUCCGUUUCACACCGUUCACAUGCUGUUUGAGUACAACAACCUGGAGAAGAACUCUGACGAGGUGACGGUGAACAUGAUCAUCGCCAUCGUCCAGGCCAUCGGCUUCUCCAACUCCUUCAACAACCCGAUCAUCUACGCCUUCAUGAACGAGAACUUCAAGAAGAGCUGUGUGGCUACCUUGUCGCGCUGCCUCAGGAAGCCCUCCGACCACCGGGGCGGCGCUGUGGAGACGCCCAACAACCCCACUGUACUGUUUAUUAGACCACUGAAGAGGGAGGCCUUCUCAGAGACUGGAGGUGGGGCUAAUGGGGGCUUGGCGCAGGGUGUGCUGGAGAACGGUCCGUCCGUCUCCUCUCAGACCUCCUCAGCCUUAGCAGGGGAGAAGAUGACGGUGAACACUGAGCUACCCAGUGAGCAGCGGAGAUCUGUUGAAAUAGUCUCGUUACAGACUUAA